AUGGCCGCUGCGGAGACCUCGGGCACGGCGAUAGGGUCCUCGGGGAGAUGGGCACUCCACGGCAAGACAGCCCUCGUCACCGGCGGCACCCGCGGCAUCGGGCGUGCGGUAGUGGAGGAGCUGGCGGCGCUGGGGGCGACCGUGCACACAUGCUCCCGGAAGGCGGAGGAGCUCGGCGAGCGCAUCAAGGAGUGGGAGGCCAGGGGAUUCCGCGUUACCGGCUCCGUCUGCGACCUCUCUGAGAGGGACCAGCGGGAGCGGCUGCUCCGCGAGGUCGCCGACCGCUUCGGCGGCAAGCUCAACAUCCUCGUAAACAAUGUAGGAACAAACAUAAGGAAACCAACUACUGAAUUUACUGCAGAGGAAUACUCGUUUGUGAUGGCUACUAAUCUUGAAUCUGCAUAUCACUUGUGCCAAAUUGCACAUCCUCUUUUGAAAUUAUCUGGGUCAGGCAGCAUUAUAUUCAUAUCAUCUGUUUGUGGAGCGGUGGCCGUCUUUAGUGGAACUAUAUAUGCUAUGACUAAAGGUGCCAUUAACCAGCUAACCAAGAACUUAGCAUGUGAAUGGGCAAAGGACAACAUAAGAGCCAACUCUGUUGCUCCAUGGUACAUCACCACUUCACUUACGGAAAGACUUUUGGCAAAUAAGGAUUUCGAGGAACAAGUUGUGAGUCGGACUCCGCUUGGACGUAUUGGAGAACCUGAAGAAAUAUCGGCACUAGUUGCUUUUCUUUGCAUGCCGGGUUCCACUUAUAUUACCGGCCAGACGAUUGCCGUUGAUGGAGGUAUGACUGUGAAUGGGUUUUACCCAACCAAGCCCUAG